AAGAUACACAUAGGGACCUAAAUCAGACGGCUAAUUCUUUGCAGUUGUGAGAAAGUGAACCAUGGAGAAGCAAUUAAACUAAUGCAACAUGGAGAAAUCCAUACCACUAAGAAAUGAAGGAGGAGAAGCAUCAGACACAAUACAAACUAGUGAAUGGAGAUCCGAGGCUGAAGAAUAUGAAAUGAUUUCCACUCCAACUGCCUUUCACAAAUCCAGAGCUAUGGUGGAAGCAGAAGCUACUGUCAAAAGAAAGAAAAGAAGAAGAAAGAGAAAAAGGAUGAACAAUUGGCUUAAACUUUCACAGUUUCAUCCUCAUCACCCAAAUCCUCUGGAAGCUGGAAAGCCUGCAUUUGACUCUGAGCAGGCUGGCAAAGAUGAAUGUGUAAGAACCGUGGAAGUAUCAAAGUGGGAUUUCAUUGAAAUAUCAGAUAAUGUGCCACAGAAGCUUGCUGUUGAUAUUGAUGUUAAGGAAAAUAAGAUGAUAGAACUUGUACAAGCAGUAAAAUGUAGAACAGUGGGAAUUGGUGAUAAAGCAGGCUCUAAGGAGGCCAUUGAUAUGAGUUCCUCAUCUUCAGUGGAUGAUGGUUUGAUCUCGAAUAUUAGCUCUGGAACACGCAUCGGAGAUAUAGUGUCAGCAAAGGGUACAAUAAAUGUAGAUGGUGAGAUGGUCAGAACUGAGCUAAAAACCUUUGCAGCAGAAGAAACUGUUGAUGCUGGAAUGAAAGAAAUGCAUUCAGAGAAAGCUAAAUGUGUAGAAAUUGUAAAAUUACCCGGAAAAUCAGCUAAGAGCACUAUGCUGCGAAACCAUCUUCAGAAACCAAGAUAUUUUGAUCCUCCUAAUGGCAGCUGGACUAGGUGUCUCAGUUGUGGAGAAGAUCAUCCAGCAGCAGAAAACCGUAUGCUGCAAAAGCAUGUGAAAGCAUGCUUUCUCUGCAGGCGUCUUCAGCAUAUUGGAAAGCAUUGCUCACAGGGUCAAUAUUGUCUUGUCUGCAGAGGAACGUUUGACCAAGCCAGUGAUUGUCCAAAGAAACAAAAAGAAAACAAUUUGAAUUAUAAUGUUUGUUUGAGAUGUGGAGAUUCUAGACAUGAUAUGUUCUCUUGUAGAAGUGAUUAUUCAGCUGAUGAUCUCAAGAAGAUUCGUUGUUACAUUUGCAAUGACUUUGGUCAUCUCAGCUGUGUCAAACUUCCAGAUGCAAGUCCAACAGAAGUUUCCUGCUACACUUGCGGCCAGUCUGGCCAUUUAGGAUCUGAUUGCUCAAAGUGUACCAAAGUUGUUCGGGGCUCAAAAUCCCCUGCUUUAUGCUACAGGUGCAGAGAGGAAGGUCAUUUUGCAUGAUCUUGCACUCUCCCUAGGAAGCAUGCUAGGAGAGUUCAUGCCGAAAUGAGAUCGGUGGCGUCUAGUUCUGCUCCUAAUCGUGGACCUCAAAAUGAUGCCAAGGGUGCAACACAAGAAAGUCUAAUCGUCAAUAUCAUUCAAUAAAGAUGGAGGUCAUUAUUAAGCUUUCACUAACCAUCUCUCAGGAGAAUCAAGGCAGAAUUCAUGACAAAAUCAUGCAACGAGCAGCCUUUGUCUGUAGUAAUCUAUCCCUGCAUCAUGGACUUCCAGGUUUAGAAUUGUACAAUCUCAAAUUUUGGUACUGAGGAUCAAUUACCCUUGAAAGACUGAAGGCUGAAUCCAGUGAAGAUUGGCAGAAGGGACACACUCUUAGAGGUAUGAAGCCAAGAUCCGUCGGAAUUUGCUUAUAACACAUUUAAACUGUCUGAUUGAAAACUCCUUACAUAUAACAAUUUGUCCUCGAAAGAUAAAGAGUUUUCUGUCUUUUUGAUUGGUCAGUUUAUGGUUUUGUCUUGUAUAUCAAAUACUGGCGGAGGAAUGGUUAUGGCUGUGUACAACUGCAACUGAAUUCAGAUAUUUGCUCAUUCUUAAAAUAGAGGGAUCCAACUCUUAAAUCA